AUGGCAGAGUUGGGGCUGUGGGUGCCGGGCUUUGGGACGAGCAGUCUGUGGCAUGAGGCGCCGCCUCAUGUGUACGACGCCGUCAUGAGGCCGGCUGCUCAAAUCACCGGACUCGGCUCAUGGGUGUGUGAUGGAUCAGAGGGCUGGGGUCCCAUGUCGCCGACGCGCGAUUUUGAUCUCACGCCCUGCUUUCAGGCCGCCAUACUGUGGUUCUUACCCGCUGCGCUGUUCAUCGUGGCUGCUGUGCGUGCCCUGCGCCGAUGGUCACAGUGCGAAGUGCAGGAGCGCUCUGAAAACUCAAUGCAGGUCCUGCAUGAAAAGGACGGCGUCAUGACCGCUGUGACGCUCCUGGCGUUUGUCGAAUUCGUCGUCUUGAUCGGUAUGCGAAGCCAUCUGGCUCCAGCGCAGGCCUCGCUUACGGGCGGGAUCCAGAUCCUGGCAUCAGGCACGAUGCUGAUCGCAUAUGUGCUCGCUGCGUGGCUGCAACAUACCAUGCACAUGAAAGCGCGUCACGGCUCCGAUGAGACACUCGUGCUGUGGCUGCUGCACCUCUUGAUCGGUCCAGUUCGUGUGCGAACUAUACUGCAGGUCGCGCCCAAGUCGACGCUUGUCCAGAUGCUCGUGGUCGUGCCGCUGUGCAUGCGUCUGCUCUUCCUUCUCGCGGCGCUGUUUCUCGAGUGCUCCGACGUCGAAGUGGGCGACUCGAUCGCAUUGCCCGACGACGACGAUGACGUCGAGGCGGAAGCCGAGCCUGAGGAAGAGCCAGACGAGUUUGCGCACAAGGCCUCACCGAUAGAGAAGGCCAACCUGUUCAGCCGCUUGUCGUUCCAUUGGAUGCAGCCGCUCAUGUCGCUGGGCGCUCGCAAGUUUCUUCGUGAGUCCGAUAUGUGGUCCCUGCCCAAGAGCGAAGAAGCCGAGCAGCUCGGGCAUGCGUUCCAAUACCAUUGGACGAAGCAUGCGCACGCAUCGCUCGAGCGCGGUCAUCCGCUCGAGUCGACCGGCAAGCUGCGCUUCUGGCAGACCCUGUACUCUGCAUUCGGCGCGCCCUUCGCCUUGGCGGCCAUUUUCAAGGUCGUGCAGGAUGUGAUGGCGUUUGUACAGCCACAGAUUCUGCGCGCUCUGCUGGCCUUUGUGCAGACAUGGGAAUGGGCACCGACAGACGCUCUGCGUGGCACGCCGCUGCGUGGCUUUGUCAUGGUAGCGCUCCUGUUCAUCACGUCGGCGAUCCAGACUUUGAGUCUGCACCAAUACUUCCAGCUCGUAAGUGUCGCGGGCAUGCGAGCGAGAGCCGGCGUCGUGACGGCCAUCUUCCGCAAGAGUCUGCGCCUCUCCAACAAGUCGCGAAGCGAGCAAAGCUCAGGUGACAUUGUGAAUUUGAUGAGUGUGGACGCCAAUCGACUGCCAGACUUUUUGAUGUACGCCCACAUUUUGUGGUCAGCUGUGUUCCAGAUCGUGAUUGCGUUCGUGUCGCUCUUCGACCUGCUCGGCUGGUCGGCCUUUGUUGGUGUGGCGAUCAUGCUAGUCAGUGUGCCGGUCAACACGAUCCUCGCGACAUAUUUGCGUCAGCAAAGUGCUGUGCAGAUGAAGGUGCGCGACCGCCGCACUGGUCUGAUGAACGAGAUCAUUCUCAACAUCAAGUCCAUCAAGCUUUUUGCAUGGGAAGAGGCUUUUACGCGCCGCCUGCUGAGUGUGCGCAACGGCGAAGAGCUCCCCCUGCUCCGCAACAUUGGCGUAGCCAGUGCCGGCUUCAACUUUUUCUGGCAGGCGAUUCCAUUCUUUGUAUCGCUCGGUACUUUUAUCACGUACUCUGCGACCAGCUCACAGCCACUGACGGCUGACAUUGUGUUCCCUGCACUGUCUCUGUAUCAGCUGCUCAACUUUCCGCUCUCGAUGCUCGCCGGCAUCGUGUCGAUGUUUCUGCAGACCCAGGUCUCGGCCGGCCGUCUCGCUGCCUUUUUCGACAGUGAAGAGCUUGAUAACCGCGGGCGUCGACAUGCGCCAACGCCUGCGCCGCCAGGCGGCGAUGCUGUGCGGUUCCGCAAGGCGUCGUAUGCAUGGUCGGCGGAGCAGCUGUCGCCGACGCUGCAUGAAUUGGACUUGACCGUGCAUAGUGGCGAAUUGCUGGCUGUGCUGGGUCGCGUCGGUGAUGGCAAAUCGUCAUUGCUGUCGGCCAUUCUCGGCGACAUGGUCAACGUGCAUGGCCGGCUCUCUGUGCAUGGCCAGGUGGCCUUCUUCGUCCAGGGCGGAUGGUGCAUGGGUGCUACUGUGCGAGAUAACAUUCUUUUUGGCCGCACCUAUGACGAGGCUCUGUAUCGCCAGUGCCUGUAUGCAUGUGCCCUCGAGCCGGAUCUUCUCGUGCUGCAACAUGGCGACCUGACGGAAAUUGGCGAGCGCGGCGUGAGCCUGAGCGGUGGGCAAAGGGCUCGAGUCGCGCUCGCGCGUGCAUGCUAUGCCAUGGCAGAUAUCUAUCUACUUGAUGAUCCACUGGCCGCCGUGGAUGCGCACGUCGGAGCGCAUCUUUGGGAGCAUGUGAUUGGGCCGCGGGGUAUGCUGCGGACCAAGACGCGCAUCUUGACCCUCAAUGCUGUGUCGUACCUGCCACAGUGCGACAAGAUUGUCACUCUGCGGAAGGGCGCGCUGCUGGAAGAGCGCGGCACAUUUGAAGAGGUCAUGGCAAUGAAGGGCGAAGUGUACCGUGUGAUUUCCAGUCUGAAGAAGAGCGAGUCGCAGGAGCAGCAGGAGGAGGCACAGGCCGAGCUCAAAAAAGACAAGGUCCAGGCCACGGAGCAUGCGAGCCGCCCGCGUCCGCGCGAACUGUCCCUGCUGGAGCUCAAAGCGACCACGAUGCGCCACCUGCGCGAGUCAAAGUCGCCCCAAGAAAUCCAGGAGACAGGCUCCGUCAAGUGGAGGGUGUACAAAGACUAUAUCCAAAGUGCCUCGUCUGUGGGCGUGGCUCUCUUCUUUGUGGCGCACAUACUGACCCAGGCAUGUAUGAUUGCGCGAGACGUUGUGCUGAAGCAAUGGAGCGCCGUCAAUGCGCGUCCGGACACGAAUUUCGACAAGGCCGCCUCAUACUAUCUGACGCUCUACGGCUCCAUGGGUAUGCUGACGUCGGUGGGCGUUUGCAUCGCUCCCAUGAUCCUGUACGUGUGGCUCGUACUCAGCAGUGCGAAACGCUACCACGACAGCCUGUUCUCUUCGGUGCUGCGAUAUCCACUGCAGUGGUUCGAGACGACGCCGACCGGUCGCCUGCUCAAUCUUUUCAGCCGCGAUAUCAGUGUGAUCGACGAAGUGCUUCCACGAGUCAUCCAGGGCAUGGCACGAUCGUCGGUCGUCGUGAUGGGUGUUGUGUGUGUCGUAACAUACUCGGUGCCGGCUUUCCUUGUGGCCAUUAUUCCCCUUGCUAUGGCGUAUCGUGCGGUGAUGCGAUACUAUCUCUCGUCUAGCCGCGAGCUGAAACGCAUCGAUGCCGUAUCCAAGUCGCCCAUCUUCACGUGGUUCCAGGAGGCGCUAGGCGGCCUCUCGACGAUCCGCGCAUUCAGCCAAGCAUCUGGGUUCACACACGCGUUUGAGACGCGCGUCGACCUCAACCAAAUGUGCUACUUCCCCGCCGUUACGUGCAACCGGUGGCUCGCUGUGCGCAUCGAGUUCCUGGGCUCGUUCGUGAUCCUGUUUGCCUCGACCAUGGCCAUUAUUGUGGUCACCACCGGUGGGCGUAUGAGCGCCGGUCUGCUGGGUCUGAUGCUCUCGCAGGUGCUCAGCACGACGCAGACACUCAACUGGGCUGUGCGCUCGGCUUCCGAGGUCGAGCAAAACAUCGUGAGUGUUGAGCGCGUCAUGUCGUACGCGGGCCUGCCGAUGGAGCGUGAGGCUCAUAUUCCAGAGACGCAGCCGCCGCCAUCGUGGCCGUCUCGCGGUGUGGUAGAGUUCCGUCACUACUCGACGCAGUACCGCGCUGAUUUGGAGCCCGUGUUGCGCGAUGUAUCGUUCAAGACCCGCGCCGGUGAGCGCAUCGGCGUCGUGGGUCGCACGGGCGCAGGCAAAUCGACGCUCACACUCGCGCUCUUCCGUAUUCUCGAGGCGACAGAGGGCAGUGUGUACAUUGACGACAUCGACAUUUCGACCCUGGGUCUGCAAGAUCUUCGGCAGUCGAUGGCGAUUAUUCCCCAGGAUGCCCAGCUGUGGCAGGGCACCUUGCGUCAGAACCUUGACCCGCUGCACCAGUACACGGACAGCGAGCUGUACCGCGUACUGAAGCAGGCGCGUCUUUGCGGCAUUGUGGAUGAUCAUGCGGCAGGUCUGCUGCAGCCCGUCUCUGAAGGCGGAAGCAACUUCUCGGCGGGUCAGCGUCAGCUCAUUUGCAUUGCGCGCGCGAUGGUGCGUCAGUCACAUAUUCUCGUGCUGGACGAAGCGACGAGCAGCAUCGACCUCGAGACGGACCAGCUCGUCCAGCAGAUCGUGCGCACUGGAUUCACCGGCACGACGAUCACGAUUGCUCAUCGCCUGAACACCAUCAUGGACUCGGACCGUGUGCUGGUGCUAGAACAGGGUCGAGUCGUGGAGUUCGACGCGCCCGCCACCCUGCUCAAGAACCCACGGAGCCAAUUCUAUAGCAUGGCGCGGGAGGCCGGACUUGUCCAGGCGCCGCCAGUGUAG